AUGGGGUGUUGCGCCAGCACUGCAGCAGGAGGCUCGAAGGCUAAACGGGUCUCGCGGUGGCGAUCCACCGGCAUUGUUGGCCUGCGCGACUCCAAAUUGAAGACGUUUCCUAAUGAAGUAAUUGAAAUGGAGAGAGCAGUGCGAACACUCGAUCUAACACACAAUAAGAUCUCUGAUGUUCCUGGAGAAAUCAGCAAGUUAAUCAAUAUGCAGCGUCUGUUGAUAGCUGAUAAUCUAGUUGAGCGCCUUCCAGGGAAUCUUGGGAAACUUCAAUCUCUCAAAGUUUUGAUGCUUGAUGGAAACCGUAUCAGCUGUUUACCUGAUGAAUUGGGUCAGUUGGUAAGGCUUGAGCAAUUAUCAAUCUCAAGGAAUCUGCUCAUAUACUUGCCUGAUACAAUUGGUAGUCUGCGCAAUCUUGUGCUGUUGAAUGUAUCAAAUAACAGAUUGAAAUCCCUUCCAGAAUCAGUAGGAAGCUGUGCUUCUUUAGAAGAAUUACAGGCUAAUGAUAACGCUGUUGAAGAGCUCCCUGCAUCACUCUGCAAUCUGAUUCAACUAAAGUCUCUCUGCUUAGACAAUAAUCAAGUGAACCAGAUUCCAGAUGGAUUGCUGAAAGAUUGCAAGAGUCUGCAAAAUCUGUCUUUGCAUAACAAUCCCAUUUCCAUGGAUCAGUUUCAGCUGAUGGAAGGAUAUCAAGAAUUUGAAGAGAGGAGAAAGAAGAAAUUUGAUAAGCAAAUCGAUUCGAAUGUGUUGAUCGGCUCUAAAGGACUCGAUGUAGGCGUUGACAAAUGA